UUUUUCUUAUAAAAGUUUCGAUCUUUCCCAUCUUGGAACACAAAAACACAAAACCCAUCUCGGGUUUUCAUGGGUUAAAAGGAAAAAAAAUGAUGUUUUUCGGGUUUCUGAUGAGACCCAAGAUGUUUCUCGACGAAUUUAUGAAACCCAAGUUCUACAAGAGAUGCAAAUCCACGACCAGUGUCAUGAAGAUUCGGCUGGAUGCAGUUAGGAGAAAGAGGAAUGCAGUGAUCAAGUUCCUGAAAACGGACAUUACAGAUCUUCUCAAGAGCUGUCUCGAUUACAAUGCUUAUACAAAGACAGAAGUAUUGCUCGAAGAGAAGAAGAGGCUAACGUGCUACGAUCUCAUCGAACGCUUCUGCGACUGCAUUUUCGCCAAUCUCUCGCUUAUGCUGAAGCAAAAGGAAUGUCCUGAAGAGUGCAAGGAAGCGGUUUCAUCGCUAACAUAUGCAGCAGCAAGAGUUCCCGAAGUCCCGGAACUCAAGGAUCUGAGAUCUUUGUUUGCAGAGAAGUACGGAAAUUUCAGUGAAUCAUAUGUGAAUCAAGAGAUCAUUGAGAAGCUCGAUCAUAGGAGACCCUCACGAGAAGAAAAGAUUCAGACAAUGCGAGAAAUCGCAAGGGAAUUCUCAAUCAGUUGGGAUUCCAUGGCUCUGCAAGAGAUGCUUCUAAGACAGUCUUCAGUUCUUCAGAUUGCGGAAAAGGACCAAUCUUUGAGCAAACCCAGCAAUGAUCAGUACACCGAGACGAAGAAGAUGAAAAAGACGAUGAAACUUGACAGCAGCAGCGAGGAUGAAUCUGUUCUUUCGGAGAGUUGGAGAGGAGAUUCAUUGCAGGGAAGCAGUUCGACUUCGAGUUCGUGCUUGUCAGAAGACGAAACGGAUACAGACACGAAGAAGACUGUGUCUUACAGAUUCAUUCCUCCUCCAUACACGAAACCAGGAGCUGGAAAAGAUGAAAACCCACAAGAGAAGAAGAAGAAGAACACCGAUCGAACAGAGGGAUCAGCUCGGAGAAGAUUACUUAAGCCGCAAGGUACUGAGAAUCCAACAAGCACAAGCAACAACGAAGCAUCAUCGUCGACAGGAUUCAGAGAUUUAGGGUUCAAGAACGAUGGAAUCAUCGAUUCGAGACGGAGUGAGAACGGAAUGAGAGACGACGAUCGAAGAUCUCCGUCGUUCCAGCGGUGGAAAUUGCCGGACUAUGAUGAAUUGGUUGCUCGGAUUUCGGCUCUUCGCCGGAGAUAAAGACGAAGAAGCAAUCUAGGGUUCAUCAGAUGUUUUCUUCGUAGUACCAGUUUCAUAGAAAAUGUUCGAUUAAAUUUACGUAGCUUAUUCACAUUGUGUUAGAUUUUAUAUGGAACCCAAGGAAAAAAAAAGGUGUAAAAAUUAUACGGAA